GAGCCCUUCGCUGCAGGACUUCCUCUGCUCCCUCCUCCUUCCUGAGAAGGGGGUUAUGAGGGAGGUGAAUGCCCAGAUCCCAGCCAGACAGCUGGCGGGCGGGCAGCAGGCAGUUGGGCCACGUGGUCCUCUCCCCAGUCUGGUUCGUGUACAGCCUGCUCAUGAAGCUGUUCCGGCGCUCCACCCCGGCCAUCACGCUUGAGAAUCCAGACAUCAAAUACCCGCUGCGGCUGAUUGACAAGGAGGUCAUCAGCCAUGACACCCGGCGGUUCCGCUUCGCGCUGCCCUCGCCCGAGCACAUCCUGGGCCUCCCAGUCGGCCAGCACAUCUACCUCUCGGCUCGAAUCGACGGGAACCUGGUCAUUCGGCCCUACACACCCGUCUCCAGCGAUGACGACAAGGGCUUUGUGGACCUGGUCAUCAAGGUUUACUUCAAAGACACGCAUCCCAAGUUUCCCGCUGGAGGGAAGAUGUCCCAGUACCUGGAAAGCAUGAAGAUUGGCGACACAAUUGAGUUCCGGGGCCCCAACGGGCUGCUGGUCUACCAGGGCAAAGGAAAGUUUGCCAUCCGUCCAGACAAGAAGUCCGACCCUGUCAUCAAGACGGUGAAGUCUGUGGGCAUGAUCGCGGGAGGAACGGGCAUCACCCCGAUGCUGCAGGUGAUCCGCGCCAUCAUGAAGGACCCUGAUGACCACACCGUGUGCCACCUGCUCUUUGCCAACCAGACUGAGAAAGACAUCCUGCUGCGGCCUGAGCUGGAGGAACUGAGGACUGAGCACUCUGCGCGCUUCAAGCUCUGGUACACGGUGGACAAAGCCCCUGAAGCCUGGGACUACAGCCAGGGCUUCGUGAACGAGGAGAUGAUCCGGGACCACCUGCCGCCCCCAGAGGAGGAACCACUGGUGCUGAUGUGCGGACCGCCCCCCAUGAUCCAGUACGCCUGCCUGCCCAACCUGGACCGCGUGGGCCACCCCAAGGAGCGCUGCUUCGCCUUCUGAUGGACGGGCCCUGGCCGCCAGGCCUGCCCGCUCUCAUUGUGCCCUGGCCGCACCCACCCCUCCUGCCGCUGUCCGUUACCACCACCCGCCCUGUGUCUCCUGCUGUGGCCGGGUUCAGCCUGGCCUGCCCAUGCCUGGGGGGUCACCCCGCUGGGCUGGCCCCUAAGGGGCCCCCUGGGAGCAGGUGUCUGUUACAGGUGCGCCGCCGUUGCCACCUUUAAGGCAGAUCCCUGUCUAGGCCUCGCUGGAGAUGUUCCUGCCCUUCCCCCCCACCCCAACACACACACUACUAGGCAGAGGCUGCCAGUACCACACUCCCCAACCUCCCCAGAGCAUCCCACACCUUGGAAAUAAGCAGAAAUGUACAGGCAUCCCUUAGCUACAGGUCCCAGGCCCUCACCCCCAGCCUCAGACCCUCGCCUGCCGCCCCUGCCUGCUUCAGGGCCACAGCCAGACUUCCACACCUGAUACUACGUGGUAGCUGACACCCCUUGGCAGGGGCUGCUGGGGUGAGAAAUUGCCCCCAUCCACCCAGGGCCCAGCAGGGAGGUAGGCUGUCCCUGGGGCUGGUGUGGGAGGAGGGGGCUGGCCAAGGGCCCUUCCAGCUGGCACAUGGGCCCUCCCAAAACCUCAGCAAAAACACCCCAACAUUCGGACAGCUUUGGAAGUUCCAAGCAGUCCACCUCCCAUCGACUGCCUUAGCGUCCCGGGCAGCCAGCCCUGAGGGCAGAGCUGAGAUGGUGUGCGUUUACUCAUCCGUCCCAGAGGCCCCUGCUGCCCCUGCCCCAAGUCAGGGAGAUUUUGAGCAGAGCCCCUUGUCUGAAGGACAUUCACAGUGGCCUCGAUGUUGCCUUAGACACAGCGUGUUAGCCUCUUGCAUAUCGGCUUUUUCAGAAUCAUUUAUGAGCAAACAUAACAUUGAAGUAAAACUUUGCUAGUUUGAACCCUU